AUGACCAAGGCCAUCAAGGAGCUGGACCUGCGCAUCUUCGAGUUCGGAGAUUUGGGGCUGCUGCAAAAGUGUGUGAGGUACUUCGUGGGCGCGGACCUCUUCGGCGCCUACGAAAAGUCCGCCACGGUGAAAUCCCCCGAGGCCAAAGCGCCGCAGACCCGCUUGGUGCGCACCGCCUCCAUGAUCUCCCCAGACGAGGUGCUGAAGGAGCUGUCCAUGUGGGAGCUGGAGAGGCGGACCAACCUCUUCAAGCACCACUGGAAGACCCCAUACUGGCUCCACGACGGUGUUGCCAAGAUGAAGUGGGUCGCCUUCGAGGACAACGUCUACACCCGGCAUCCCUUCAUCUCGGCGGACGCCAAUGAAGCACGGAUCGCCGAGAGCGAGACUCCGCCGGUGGAGACGGUGGAGUUCCUGGGCCAGCGGCGGAAGUGCAGCUGGAGCACUUGCCCGGUGGACGGCGAGACCGAUGAGUUGGGCUGGCAGUACUCCACCGACUUCGUGGUCGGCAACACGGGGUGGCUGCCCUACUGCGGCUCGGUGAGCUUUGUGCGCCGGCGCUGCUGGCAGCCCUCCUUCUACACCGAUGCCGAGGAGAUUGGGAAGAUCCGAGACCGGGCGCCCACCACGAUCCUGCAGAACAAGGCGCCGUCCGGCGCUAAGACGCCGAUCUUCGAGAAGUUGCUGGGGGAGAUCUCACUCGAUCUCCUCGGGGCAUCGCUGGAGAAAGAUGACUGGAAGGAUCCAGACAGUCUGAUGUCCUUCUACUGGCAGGAGAUGGGCGCCAGCCAGCUGGAGAUCAGCGACUGGAGCGACGGCGAGAGCUUCGUCUCCGUGGUCAAGGGCAAGGUGCGAACCAUUGAGAUGCGAACACCAGUGCCGCCGGCGCCCAUGUGCCCAAAGGAGACCCGGGUGCAGAGCACAUGGCACGUGGUGAUUUUGCCAGACAAGGUACUCCUAGAAAGUGUGACCAUGUCACUGGACGUGCCUUGCGGCACGAAUUUCAACGUCAUCGCCUGCGACACGUUUACCGUCCAAGGUGGCAAACUGAAAAUGCUGAGGACCUGCGGUGUGGAGUGGCUGCAGUCCACCUGGCUGAAGAGCAUGGUCGAGCAGAAUGUGCCGCCGCAGCUCACCGCCGUGGCAGAGCGCAUGUCGCAGGUGGUGACCCGCUGGUGGGACAAGGUUGGAUCGAAACUGGAGCAGCCCGUGCCCUGA